AUAAACCCUGCCUGCCUAAACCCUUGCCGGGAAUUCUUGCUGCCGUCGAACUCCAAGGCAAUGGAAAAUGAGCGACAACUUCCUGAAACGGUUUCCUUCAACGAGAAAUCAGACAUAUGCCAACAGCUAUUGGACCGGUAUGGAAAGUCGUCGGCGGCUCAGCACCGACACUUAUGCGCCUCUGCCGCCGCCGCCCGAUCCAUCAUCCAAUCUGUGUCUCUUCCUCUUACUCCUUUUUCAUACUUUGCCGCCACUGUGUCCACUCUCGCUAAUUCUUCCGAUUUAGAUUCGGACGCCUUAGCUGCGCUUUCCUCGCUUCUGUCCAUUAUUCUUCCUUUGGUCCCGGAAAAGGCUAUAACCCCUCCCAAAGCCACCGAAGCCCUUGAAAUGCUGGCAGUGGUGCUGGAGAAGCUCCCGCGGGAUGAUGCAGUGGUGGGGAGUUCAAGCGUUAGGGCAUUGGUAAAGUGCCUUGGAAUCUUGGUGGGGUUUUGUGAUCUGGAGGAUUGGGAGUCGGUUAAAUUAGGUCUGCGGACCCUUUUGAAGUUCUCAAUUGAUAGGCGUCCAAAGGUGAGGAAAUGCGCUCAUGAGUGUCUUUUAACAGUUAUGAAGUCAGUUCAGUCUUCUUUUGUGAUUGAAAAGGCUAGCAAAUCAAUACACUCUUUUAUAGAAGGCCACCUGUCUCUGGCAAUAGAAAUGACUUCUCCAGAGGCUGCUGAUGGAUUUAAGCAUGAUUCCCUUUCAAAACAUGAACAUCAAGAAGUGUAUCACACAUUAAACUUGAUUAAAACUCUUGCCCCAUACCUUUCUGUAAAAGUGUGUCAAAAAAUCUUGACACAUAUGUUGAAGCUGAUGAGCUCCCAUAACUCAGAUUUGACAAGACAUGUUUUUGAAAAUAUUGGAGUGAUUUUAGACGCUCCAAAAGUUAAACUGGUAGCUCUAGAUUCAGAUAAUAUUUUGAAGUUCCUUGUUUCAUACAUGUCUUCCUCGGAGAACACUACCGACCGUAAACUGGUUGCUGCAACUUUGACAGAAAAAGUUAUGAAGAAGCUUCAUGAUUGUGCAGUAAAUGGAUGUUCUAGGCAUCUCCUUUUAGUUAUUGGCCCGAUAACAGAUUUUCUCACAUAUGAAGCCACAGCCCUGCCAGCUUCACUUAUCUUGAAACGGUUGAUCCAACUUCACGUUGAUAAAGAAAUAAUACCGUCUACCAAAAAGCAGACGGUAGAUUGCAACAAUACCAACGAUCCUGAAUUUGCAGCUAUGGAAUCUAUUUGUGCUGUCUUUCACAAUAUUCUUAGGAGUUCUGAUGGAAUCCCUAAUGAAUAUAUUUUCCAGAUCGUAUCUAUUUUGUUUCUUAAACUUGGCGAGGGAUCGUACCACUUUAUGAAACAUAUACUACUGCAACUCGCAGAUUGGAUGAAUAUUUCUGGUGGUGUCAAGGGUACUUCCGUCUCAAAACACCUUCAAGAAUGUAUUGGAUCUGCCACUAUUGCUAUGGGUCCAGAUAAAUUACUUGCCCUUCUGCCAAUCUCCCUUGACGCCAAGGAUUAUUCUUGCAGAAACACUUGGCUCAUACCUAUUCUACGUAAAUAUGCUGUUUAUUCAUCUCUGGAGUUCUUUAUGAAGCACAUUGUGCCGCUUGCAGAAUCUUUCCAACAAGCAUCCUUCAAAGUUAAAAAGUCAGUAAUUCGAAGAGAACUGCAGGCUUAUGCCCAUGACUGCUGGGGCUUGUUGCCUACCUUCUGUCACGGUCCAACAGAUAUUUGCCAGAAUUUCAGUGCUUUGUCUAAAAUUUUGAUUUCACAUCUCAAGAAGGAUUUCUUUAUGCUCGAAAUAAUUGCUACAUCACUGAAGAACCUGGUGAAUCAUAGCAAGAAUCUAGUUGCAAAGUCUGAUAUCUUUGAAUCAAUUGGAGUCCUUGUUAAUGAUGAUUUUGCAAAGAAUCUAAAAAAGAAGAGUUCAUAUUCGAGAAAGACAGCACAAAAGAAUAUUAAGGCUAUUUCUUCUUGCUCCGAGGGAUUGCUUCAGGCUUUAACGAAUGUCUCAACAGAGUCAUAUCCUGAGACACAUGAAUAUCUGAAGGAGGCUAUUGAAUGCUUGGCAUCCAUCUCCGAUUCAGAAACUACUAAAAGAAUAGUCAUAUCUUUACUGGAGAAGUUUGGGUUAGCAAAUGGCUUCGAUGCAUAUGAAAAGCAUUUAGAUGAUUCUGAGUGUAACAAACCUAACAAGAGGGACGAUUAUGCUACCUCUGUUCCAGAAGAUGCAAAGAGACUGAUGGUGCUAGAGCUCGCAUCAUGUAUCACUGGAGGAGUUAAUGAGGAUCUCAUUUGCACCUUUUUUAGCAUUACUAAACGAUGUUUGGAGGUGAAUGAUGAGAUUUUCCAGGCUGAGGCAUACAACACCCUUAGUAGGAUGCUAGAGAGACAUCAUUGGUUCCGUUGUUCACAUUUUGUUCAAUCAUUGGAGCUACUGACUGCCUUUAAAACUCCAAGUGACAUUAAAUCAAUUACCAGCCGAUUUUCCUGCUUCAAAACCUUGCUUAUUCAUGCAAUCAAGGAAAACUUGGAGGAGGAUAACCCACAAGCUUUUCUCAUUCUCAAUGAGAUUAUACUUGCAUUAAAAGAAGCGAUGAUGGUUUAUAGGAUAACUAUGGAAUGGAAUUGGAUAAGUGGUAAUAGGCGGAUUGCGUACCAUAAGCAAAUGCAAUGGGAGGGUCCGGGGAAGUUCCCAUAUCCAGCUAAACCGGGAUCGAAACUUAUUAAGCGGAAGUCGGGAUGGACAAUCCUUUCAGCGAAAUGAAGAAAAAUGCUAUUAGAUGGCGACUCUUAUUUUAAAUGCCAUUUAUUCUUUCAAUCCUAUGAUGAAGAAAGCAUUUAUUUUUCU